AAGAAAGAAAAUCUCGGGAAAAUGGUUCUGUUUUUUCUGAACUUCGAAUUAAAAACAUUUUAGCGUUAUUUUUAUAGUUUAAUUGGUUGGACAAAGUGUCGAAAACAUAUUUUUGACCAUGUAUUCUGUGAAUAAAUCAUGUUUUUGUUAGAGAAGAAUCAGCUGACGCUUACGCUAAACGAAACAAAAAUAUUUUUACACGAAGAAUGAAUUAAUUUAAAAUAUUUGAGGGGUUUCACAGGGUGUUUACUAUUUUCGCAAUGUGUAUGUUAUAUUGGUAGCCAGCAAAAUGGCAAGGGACGGAGACUUGCCGACUAUUUUCAAUCCGAAGCGCGUCCGAGCGCCGUCUGUGAUAAUAACAAGUGAGGAGGUGGUGGAGAGCGAAAGAGGUGCUGGAGAUGGAGACAGAGAGCGUCCGAAUGGACCUCCGACCCCGCUGAGCCCGCGCGCUCCGCUGACGCCGCAGGUGUCGGUGUGCUCGGCGCCUCCGCUGACGACGCAGCCCUCCCUGCAGCAGGCCUACAGCGAGUCCGCUACCAGCAGCCAGGAUGAGGAACGACAGUUGCGAGAUAAGAAAUGUCCAAGAUCUUGUUGCUCAAAGUUUGCUAAAAAGAUUUACUAUGGCAUCUGUGUCACACUCAUUCUCACCAUUUCUUGGGUAACAGCAACGCACUGCGUCAAGCAUAUGUACUUGGAAGAGUACCCACCUAACACAUAUGGGUUGAUUCACAGCACCGAGCCUUCAUCAGUUUUGUACAAUAAUUAUACAACAAGACUUCGCUCUCAUAAUCUCUACAAUGCCCCAUUCUUCACUGCAUGGUUCUGCACCAACUGGCUCAUCCUGUUCUACCCUCUCUACUUGAUAGUGAUGUUGAUACACAACAAGUGCAAGUCGGCUAACGAUAUUGUCUAUGAUGCAUUUACUGACUUUAGGGACAAGGGAUUCACAUUUGCUCGUUUUAUAAGCCGGUGUGGUCUCUUCUGCUUGCUGUGGGUAGUCACAGUGUACAUGCACACCUACUCUCUGAAGAUACUGCUUUCCACGGAUGUGGUGGCGCUGUUUGCAACCAACGUUUCCUGCAUCUAUCUCCUAUCUUGGGUCAUUCUUCAUGAGCAGUUUGUUGGGGUCAGGAUCGUGGCGGCGAUCCUGUGCGACACGGGCAUCGCUCUGCUGGCUUACAUGGAUGGCAUUACGGGUAGCUCAACUCUCGGCGGUGUCGUUCUGGCCGCCUGCGCUGCCGCCGGCUUCGCUAUAUUCAAGGUGCUGUUCAGAAAAGUGAUGGGCGAAGUGAACGCGGGACAGCGUGCGCUUUUCUUCUCGAUCCUGGGCGUCGUCAACGCGUCCCUUCUGUGGCCAGUGUGCCUGGCUCUGUAUUUAACGGGCUCGGAGAUGCUGCCGUCGCAGCGGAUGCCCUGGAUACAUCUUCUGGUGGCCGGGGUGGCUCUGCUGGUGUUCCACUUGGUGUUCCAAUUCGGGAACAUCAUGACUUACAACAUCUUCGUGUCACUCGGCCUUAUAACCGCAGUUCCGGUUUCGGCAGCAUUGGACGUGGUGCUUUAUGGAGUCCAAUUCGAGGGUAUGAAGCUGGCCGGGAUAAUAUUAAUAACGGUCGGCUUUUUCUUGGUCAUGUUCCCUGAUAACUGGCCCGACUACAUCAUGAGGCUGUUGAAAUGGAGCCGCCGCCGCCAGCGCGGCCACAACGGGUCCGGCCGGCGCGGCGACGCCAUGGACUACCGCACCGGCUACAUCCGCUCGCACCUGCGCUCGCCGUCCGGCCGCGUGCGGUGACCGCCCGAGCCCGCGCCCAGCUAGGCCCGGCCCGGCCGCACCCAGCGCCGUAUGCAGUCCUUCUAGCUUCGUCUUGUAGGCUGGACCAUUCGGAAUGACGCAAAAGGGUAGACACACCCUGGACUAUUGGCAUGAUUUUUGUGAGCUGUCAAAAUGAUAUUGUAACUGUAUUAUAACGUCAUCAAGUCGCAAAUUCAAUUGAGCAAUCAAACAUCGAAUUUUACAGCUAAUUGAAAACUAACUCUGUU